UUGGAGCUAAUUAGCGUGGAACCGUCGAAAUGUGGUUUUAGGACUUAUAUUAUAAAUACUGGACUUUUUGUUGUGCUAUUAUGAUGGUUCAAGAAAUUAUUUAGUUUUGUGAAAUCUCUCCUUUUGAUUUUUGUUUUGGACGUGAUUUGGUAGUACUUGUAUGCUUGUGUUUUGUUUCUGGCGUGAGCUUAUUCUGCAAGGUGUAAAUGUUAAAGUUCAGCUUAUAUAUCUGAGUUUUCUGAAAGAUUGAUUACCUGCAUUAAUAAAUUCAGGCGUGUUCAAACUAAAAAAUUGAAGUCCCGAAUUAAACUUAUACAUGGUUAUUUUGGUUGAGUUCUUGUUCUGAUUUGCAGCAGGAGAGGAGACCAGGAGUGGUGCCAGUUGUAGUUUAUUUGAUUUCUUAUUAGUGUUUUAUUACUGUUGUCUUUCUCUGAUGAAAGCGCUGUUAAGAGUUGGAUGUUAGAAUCAUUACAGGGAUUGUUCUCUUUCACCCUUCCAUUGAUCAACUUGUUAAAUAUGUUUAAACUUUUGGGUCUCAGUUUCAGUACUCUUGAGAGGCAGAACAACCGUGCACUAUAUAUUAUUUAGAAUAGUUUUUAAUCAUAUUAUGGCAUUGUUGCUGGUUGGCAUUGGUAGAUUAUAUUUGUGAUUGAUGAACUUGUUUAAGGUUGUUGGAUAAAUUUGGCUUCAAAUAUUGGGUCAGCAAUGUAGUAUUUUUUCUUUGGGCAAUCCAAUUGUUUUGAUCCGAUUAUGAAUUAAUUUGGAAGGCAUAUAAGCCUAAUUAUUGAUAUGUAUGUAUAUUUGUAUUUUCUGGCUAGUUUGGUUAACUUUAACUAGACCAUUUUGGUUAUUUAUUAGUUCUGGUUAUUUUAUACAUGCCAGCUGAAUACUUUUUGACACCUAAAGCUUUGAUGGAUUUUGAGAAGUUUUACAUCUUGUUUUCGAAAUUUUAAUAAUUAUUUGAAUUUAUGUCAAGAAUUGAGCAAUAUAUGUUAUGUUUAUUUGCUGAAGUAGAGUGUUAUACUAGAGUCCUAGUUAUCUGAUGGUUCUGUGGGUCGCUACUUGCUGGUUGGUUGCACCUUGCUGGUUGGUUGCAAUCAACAAGAUGUCUUAAUCUUUGUCUUCAAAAAUACAGGUGUUUAUCUUGUAUUCUUGUGUGUAGUGUUAAUGUUCACUUGCAAUUUGUUCCCUAUGAAGUACUUUGAGCCUUUAGGACUAUAUGCUAUCAGUAGUAUUCUUCUUUUGCUAACUUAAAUAGGCUGAGAAGUCGAAUUCUAAAAUAAUGUAACAUAUACUGAAAUUAUGCAACAAUCCUUAUAUAUUAUGGAUGUUGCGUAGAAGCACCAGCAGGAUGAUGUCCGCAUCUGCCAUGGAUUCUGUUCAUAUGGAGGCAGCCACUUGCCAUAUGCUACACAGUCUGUGACCAGAAGAUGAGCAUAUGGGUUUGAUGGUUGAUGUUUGCAUCUUCUUUGAUAUUUGAUGUUUGCAUCUGCGUUUGAUGCAACCUCAAACAUGCAUCACCAAAUUAACCAAAUUCCAGUCGGGUUUAAUCCUUAAAUCCUCCCCGACUCUUCCCUCGCACUUUUAAGUAAAAAGUGGUUUGGAGAAAUUUUUUUGACAAUUUAGAUUUUCCUUCUUUUAUGGUAAGGAAAUAGAAAUUUCCCCUUAUUUUCCUUAAGAAAAAGGUUCUGCAAUACAAAUAUGUUAGCUCCCUCCCUCCCCCAGGGUCAAUAAGUUGACAGCCCAGCAUAAAUUUUCUCCUACGUCUAAAUAGCUCGCAAUAUACAUUUCCUAAAGUAUAACUUAACUAUAUAAUCCCAAUUUUAUUCAGCCAAAUGACAUGGAAAGGCUUUUAUGACCCAGCAAAGCUGAAACCGCGAAAUUCCAUGCUGAGAAAACAUGAAAAACAUUUGAAUUGCUGAAGAAACUUUACAUCUUUCUCCAUAUUAUAUUUUAAUUCAAAAAGAAAAAUAUACAACGCAUUUGAUUUGUUUAAACAUGACUGCUGAUUGUAAUAAAACCCAAGACGCAGCCCACGAUCUUCCAGAUCACAGUCAACCAUUUCUCAUGGACCGCAAAGAAAAAGACGUGCCGGUAACUCCCGCCGGCCGCCUCUUUCUCCGGCAAGAAAUGAACACCAUAAUCCACUGCGCCAUCGCCGGAAAACACCCCCUCAACAUCCCCGCAAUAACCUCCGCCGUCGAAACCUCCAUCAUAAUGCACCACCCCCGUUUCACCAGCCUCCUGGUCACCGACCGUCACGGCCACGAGCACUGGAGAAAAACCCAUCUCAACUUAGACAGCCACAUCAUCAUCAAACAUGACGUCAUCCAAGUCAACGAUCAUGAAAAAGCAGUCAACGACUAUAUAGCCGAUUUAUCCGUUUCAUCACCUCUGGACACAGCCAAGCCGCUCUGGGAAAUGCACCUUCUGAUGGCCCACAAUUGCGUCGUGUUCAGGAUUCAUCACGCAUUAGGAGACGGCGUUUCGUUGAUGUCGAUGUUGUUGUCUUGUUGUCGGAAAUCGAAUGAUCCUGAGAUGUUGCCUGAAAUUAAAAAUGCGGCGGCUGUCAGGAGGGAUUCUAAUUUGUUGAGGCUGGUGGUGAAGUUAAUGAAGGUGAUGUUUUUCACGGUGGUGUAUGUGAUGGAGCUGAUGAUGAGGAGCUUAUGGGUGAAGGAUAAAAGGACCGCCGUGACCGGCGGCGCUGGGGUGGAGCUGUGGCCCAGAUGUUUGGUCACGGCUAAGUUUAGGCUUGAUGAUAUGAAGAUUGUUAAAAACGUUGUGGCCAAUGCAACGAUAAAUGACGUUCUUUUUGGGGUGAUUUCAUCUGGACUGUCAAAAUAUCUAGGCAUUCAAUCACCCGAAGCUCCAAAAGAAGGGACUCGACUUACCGGUUUAGCCAUGAUCAAUAUGAGAUCAGAGAAAGGACUACAGGAUGUAUCGGAUUUCAAAAUGAAUAAUAAAGGAACGCAGUGGGGAAAUAAAUUUGGUACGCUUCUCUUGCCUGUCUAUUAUCAUAGAAAUGAUUCUGAUCCUUUACAAUACGUGAAGAGAGCCAAGGUCAUGAUUGACCGGAAAAAGCUUUCAUUAGAGGGUUAUUUUUCAUACAAAGUUGGGUACUUUGUGAUGUCCUACUUGGGUUCAAAGUUGGCGGGGUGGCUUAAUUACAGAAUUUGUAGUAAUACAACUUUCACAAUCUCAAACGUCAUUGGUCCUGGUGAAGAGGUUACCAUUGCAGGAAAUCCAGUAGAGUACAUUAGAGUGAACACAAGCAGCUUGCCCCAUGCAAUUACGAUACACAUGGUGAGUUAUGCUGGAAGGGCGGACCUGCAAAUCCUGGUAGCUAAAGAUAUAAUCCCUGAUCCACAAUUUCUAGCAAAAUGUUUCGAAGAUGCAUUGCUUGAAAUGAAGGAAGCUGCAUUGGCUACCAUUCAACCUGACAAAGUUUCCUAAUAGCAAAAUCUGCAGAAGUGAUAUUAAUUUUAAAUCCUGUAAACCAUAUAUUCGGAUCUAUCUGUACUUGUCUUGCGAAUUUUAGCAAGGGGAGGGCAGCACGAAAAAUUCAAGCAUCAGAAAUUUGAGUUUGACAAGAAUGGAUCACUGUACUAGUAUCGCAUGAAACUCUUGGCACUCGAAAGACAUGCACCGCACUGCCAAAAAUGUUUAGAAAAUCAAUUAUCCGAGGUGAUCUAUCUCCAGCAACAGGGGGAGAAUUAGUCAUACGAUCAGGAAGUUGUAUGGAUAACGCUGAAGCAGGAUGUACAGUUGUACACUGAACAAGAAUACAAUUUCAUAGUCAUACAUUCCAGAGCUGUUGCUAUUGUUUGCUUUGUUGGCAUACUGUAUGAGCAAAAGGAGAUUGUUUAUUAUGUCACCAUUGUGGAUGAUCCCGUGUUUCUCAUUCCGAGCACUUGGAAAACUGGUGUCAGCACAAUUGAUAAUAUCAGGCACCUACGCAACCACCAAUCUUGAUGCAACAAUGACAAGAUCAUGCUUAAUGCUCCUUGCAUUGCUUGUAACAGUUAAGAUGAUUAUAGUUAGGACUAGAGACUGCGAGUAGAAUUAUUGUCUCGCUGUGAUGAUUACUUGUACAUGCUCAUGAAAGUAGCUAAUGCUUCCAAGAAGACUGCUUUGGAGUGGGAGAUAGUGGUAUGUUUGUUUUGGUUUGGUUUGCCUUCUGAUGGAGGUUCUUCAAUAAAGUUGUCCUGUAAUUCUUCCAUUGUGGUACAAA